CGCACUAUAUCCUCAUCUAUCACAGACCACACACCCAUACACACACACACACACACACAAACACAAACACACAUCUGGAAACAGUACCAGCCAGCAUCAUUCAUUCAUCAUGCACAGCAAAGAACACAUCAGUCACGAUGAAUACCAGAAGACAGCCGACUGGCUCCGGUCUCACACAAAGCAUCGUCCCCUGGUGGCGAUCAUUUGCGGCUCUGGCCUGGGAAUGCUGGCUGACACCCUUAAAUGUCAAGACUCCUUUGAUUACUCUGACAUACCGGGCUUUCCUCAGAGCACAGUGCAGGGUCACGCAGGCCGCCUGGUUUUUGGGGAGCUGAAGGGGAAGUCAUGUGUUUGCAUGCAGGGUCGCUUCCACAUGUAUGAGGGACAUUCACUCAUUAAGACAACCUUCCCCAUUCGGGUCUUCAAGCUGAUGGGCGUGGAGACACUGAUAGUGACAAAUGCUGCGGGCUCAUUGGCGGAUGGCCUACAGCCUGGUGACAUCAUGAUCAUCAAAGACCACAUCAACUUCCCUGGGCUUGUUGGUCUGAACCCGCUGUGUGGGCCCAACGAUGAAAAGUUUGGACCACGCUUCCCCGCUAUGUCGGGUUGCUAUGACAAAGGGCUGCGGAGCCUCAUGAUGGAGAUUGCCAAACAGAUGGGUGUCGCUGGCCUUGUGCAGGAAGGCGUGUACGCCAUGGUGGGUGGGCCCAACUUUGAAACCAUCGCUGAGGCCAAACUGUUGCAUCGACUGGGAGUGGACGCAGUCGGUAUGAGUACAGCACCUGAGGUCGUCGUGGCAACUCACUGUGGUCUACGAGUCUUUGGCCUUUCUCUGAUAACAAAUAAGGUGGUAAAGAGCUACGAGGACUCUGAAAGUGUGAACCACGAAGGCGUCCUUGAAGUUGGCCGGUUGCGCUCUCAAACCGUGCAGCAGCUGGUGACUGAACUGAUCAGCACGAUGGAGAUCAAUAACAACGAAAACACCAAAAUUGUUUCCUGAACAAACGCACAUGCAUCUGAUUGUUGCACAGCUCUCUAAUUUUUUUGGUACUUUUUCCAGGUUUUUUUUUUUUUUUUAUUACAACUGUGUAACUGUAUUUUUAAUCUCUGCUGACCUGAAAACAUACAUCAAAUCACUAUGGUGCCUACCUGCUGUUUAUCAGUGUAAAGUAGAAUACAAGUACUUAUCUCUGAUAUUUGAUGUAAACUAUAAUAACUGUGUUUGAUGGUGCUUCAUUGGAACAACUUUGAUACAUAUUUUGUAUACUAGCCUUGGAUUAUUAAAGUUUAUGUUGUAAAGUAUUCCAGUCGGAUUAAAAUAUUUUACCAAUACUA